UGACUUAUUGAAUUGCACUGAAUAUAGAAGCAUGGCUUUUUGUAUACAUGAUUGUCCUUAGACUUGAACACUUGUAAAAUUAUAGUGAAUAAAAAGAGCAGCUCGAUACUCUAAAGCUGCUGCUAUGCGCGGUGUCCAGGGAAGGGCUCCGCCACAAGCGUGUAUCAUGCGCAGUCUUAUCUUGCAUUUCUGCCAGAGGCUGUUUCCAAGGCUUGAACCCGUGACCUGCUGGUCACAUGACAGCAACUUUAUCAGUUACUCCAAGGUUCCCCCUUCGAAAUUAUAGUGAAUAGAUUAUUGAUAUUGUAUUUACUAGUUUUCACCAUAAUUAAUGCUAGAUAAUUUUAUAUAUCAAAACUUGGAUAUUUUUGCUAGAAAUUUGAACCCCAAACCUACCAUUCUCCUCUUCCCUUCUUCUCCCUUUUGUCAUCCCAAACAUACAUAAAAGUAGGUCAAAACCCAAAAGUUUUAUUAACAAAAUAACAUAAAAGUUUGGUAAUAUGGAGGGUGAUAUCAAGAAUGUGAUUAAAUAUUGGAUAGAAGGAGAAAUUGAAAAUUUUAUUAAGGUAUGGUUAUUAAUUUAUGUAUCACUAUGUUAUUGCUUUUUAGCAUCCAAAAUUCUACCAAAAGGUUUAUAUAGUCUCUUAUCUUUUUUACCGGUAAUAUUUUUUUUCUUAUAUGUUCCACUUAAAAUUAAUUCUAUUCAUCUUUGUGGUAACACUGGUUUUUUCAUUUCUUGGCUUUGCAAUUUUAAGUUAAUUUUACUUGCUUUUGACCAAGGUCCACUUUCUGAUUCUUCACUUUCUAUUGCUAAAUUUAUAAUUCUUGCUUGUUUACCAAUUAAAAUUCAGCAAAAAUCUCAAAAAAUAUCUGAAAUUUAUGUGAAAAAUAGGGUUAAUAGAAGUGAAUUUCAACAAAAUGGUUAUUUUCAUGAAACUGAAAAAGUUUCCAGUGUACAAAGUGGAAAGGAUUUUGCAAAAGAUAGCCAUUUUCAAGAAACUCAAUUUCCAAGCUCAGUUGAUAAAAUUGAAAACAACCCUUUUCAAGAUGGACAUUUUUAUGAAAAUCCAUCUCAAAAUUUAGGUGAAAAGGUGUCUAGUUUACAAAGUGGAAAGGAUUUUGCAAGAAAUGGCCAUUUUCAAGAAACUCAAUUUCCAAGAUCAGUUGAUAAAAUUGAAAACAACCCUUUUCAAGAUGUCCAUUUUCAUGAAACCCCAUCUCAAAAAUUAGGUGAAAAAGUGUGUGGAAAUGAUUUUGUACAAAGUGACUCUUUAAGAAAUAGUUCAAUUACAUCUUCUGCUAAGUCGAAGAAAGGCCAAGUACUAAAUUAUGGCAUAAAGACACUUCUUUUUGCUUUAAUUAUUAGAGUUCAUGACUAUAGUGACAAUAUACAUCCCUAUAUCAUUGUGGUCAUCUAUUGUUUCCACAUUUACCUUUGCUUAGAUAUAAUUCUUGCUAUUGUUUCGGGCUUGGCCCGUGGGCUUCUCGGGCUAGAACUCGAACCGCAAUUCAAUGAGCCAUAUUUAUCUAGCUCGCUGCAAGAUUUCUGGGGCAGGCGUUGGAAUCUCAUGGUCACUCGUAUCCUUAGGCCCACUGUAUACAAGCCCAUUUUGGGCCGAAAGUGGGCCCCACUUCCCGCCGUGAUGGCCACAUUCCUCGUAUCAGGCCUAAUGCAUGAGCUGAUAUUUUACUAUCUGUGCCGGGCUAAGCCCACUUGGGAGAUCACUUGGUUCUUUUUGCUACAUGGAGUGUGUUUAAACAUCGAGAUUCGUGCUAAGAAGGUGAUUAACGGUAGGUUUAAUCUACCACGUAUUAUCGAGACAAUCUUGACCGUUGGAUUCGUUAUGAUCACGAGUUUCUGGCUGUUUUUUCCACAGUUGUUAAGAUGUAAUUCCGAUGUUAGAGCAUUAGCAGAGUAUCAAGUUAUUGGUACAUUCUUUAAGGAUGUCACAAGGGCUGUGAAUUCAACAUUUUUCAGAUGAUUACAUUUGGACAGGCCAAAAUGGCCUAAGAAAGAAUUUGAUAAGUCAAUGUAUUUAUCGGCUGAUUAUCGCCUACCCUCGAGACAUUCAUUUCUCUUAAUGUAUGUGAAAUACAUGUAUCAUUUCUUUUAGAUUAUAUAUUGUA